AUGCAGUCUGUUCAACAUUCUACACCAGAAUGUAUUCGUAAAUCUUAUUAUACUCGCAAGCCGAAUGUUACUAAAUACCAAACUAUAGAAGAUAUUACUGUUAUUUGGCUUGACUCACAUGUACAUGUUUCAAUCGAUUGUUUUGAUACAAAGAUACGUUUGCGACGCAUGAUUGAUCAUCUUUUAAUAUUCAAUUCACAUGAUGAAUUUCUAGAAUACUUAAACUCAGAAACAACACAAGAGCAUGUUUUUUUUAUUGUUUCAGGCAUUGAUGGUGAACUCAUUGUACCGAAGAUUCAUUCAUCAUCAAGAAUUUCAUCGAUUUUUAUUUUCUGUAAUGAUAAACUAAAACACGAGCAAUGGGCUAAUGCCUUUACUAAAAUCCAUGGCGUGUUCAAUGAUAAAGAUGCUUUAUUCAAAAAACUUAUAGAUGAAAUUACGUUGUGUUUAAGUGAUUUACAAUCAUUUCGUAUACUAGCAAAGGAAGACUUAGAACAGAAAUCACUAUAUGAUUUAACAUGUGAAGGUGCACGUUCUAUGUGGUUUCAAUUACUAGUCAAAGUUUUAGUGAAUAUAGAACACCCCGCUGAAGCUAAAAGUGAUUUAUUGGAAAUAUGCCGGACACAAUACAAAAAUAAUCGACAUGUAAAUGAAAAGAUUGAUGAAUUUGAACAAACAUAUACACGUGAAGAAGCUGUUUUGUGGUACACAAAAGAUAGCUUUCUCUAUCGACUAUUGAACAAAGCUUUACGAACAGAAAACAUAGACAUUAUUUAUAAAUUUCGUUUUUUUUGGCUGAUUUGGAUUAUCAAAUAA